AAAUCACCACUGGAUGGUACCUUUAAAAUACGCCGUUAAGAUUCCGUUAAUUGAGCCUGCAAGACAGUACCGUGGGAGAAAAAACUCCUCCUCGCUCUUUGGUUUCCCACCUCCUUCCUGUUUCACCUCAGUUACUUUUUUGAAGUUCAGACUCACUCUGCAAGAGUGUGCUGAAGGGUCACUGUCACACAGUGAAGAAGAAAUGUCGUAUUUUAGUUCAUAAAAUGCUUUUCGCUGCAGAAAGUCGGUACCUUCGUGAGGUUAUUUUCCUGAGUUAGACCGCGUCUCCUCGUCGGGGUUUGAACGUAAAUAGAUUACACUUGUAGACUGAAGAACCAUCACCAUGCCCGACCUGUCGAGGAUGAAGAAGCCCGACGUGAAGCUUGUUUUCCUGGGCGACAUGAACGUGGGGAAGACGUCGCUGCUCCACAGAUACAUGGAGAGGAAGUUCAAAGACACCAUUAGCACCGUCGGAGGGGCUUUUUUCCUCAAACAGUGGGGACCGUACAACAUAUCAAUCUGGGACACAGCUGGUCGGGAGCAGUUCCACGGUCUAGGUUCCAUGUACUGCCGAGGAGCAGCCGCCGUCAUCCUGACCUACGACGUCACUAACUGGCAGAGCCUCGCUGAGCUGGAGGAGCGCUUCCUGUCACUCACCGAUACCGCCAACCAUGACUGCAUCUACGCCUUAGUGGGAAACAAGGCCGACCUGACUGAUUCCAAAGCCCACCAUUGCCAGGACUCGGACAGACUCCCCGAGGACCGAGCCGAGUGCGAGGAGGAGAGGACAGAACCGCACGUGUUGUCCGCCUGUCCCACUCCUCCUGGGACAGGUGGAGUGGGACAGCAGCCCGCAUCCCUCUCCGGUUUGCUGCUUCACAAGCAGGUGGCGCGGGAGGACGCGGUGGCCCUUUACGGGAGAAUACUGCGAUACAAAGGCCUGGACGAGAAGAGCAGCCUCCCGGCAGACAAGAUGUGCUUCGAGACGAGCGCCAAGACCGGGUACAAUGUGGACGUCCUGUUUGAGACGCUGUUCGAUAUGGUGGUGCCCGCCAUCCUGAGUAAGAGACAUGAGAACCAGGCGUCUCCUACCGUAGAUCUGGAGGACUGGAGGAAGGUCAGUGGGAAGCGAGGCAAAUCCAGCUGCUGUUAAAGAUCUGAAGCAUCACCGAGGCUCCCAGCUGCGGACUCGUUUUUAUCAGACGGUGUGUUUGACUGAGCAUUAAAUCCACACUGUGACGGUACUGUUUUGUGUUUGCCUUGACUGUGACUCAUUAACAAACACAUUUCCCAUUGAUGUGAAGAUUUAUAUGAGUGCAGAUCCAGGUAGAGACAUUUUAAUAGGAAGGGAAAUAUCACUUUAUGCAAUAGACCUCCUACUUUAAUAACUCAAACUGCGCUUAAAUAUUCCAAAGAUGUGCCUGUGGCCCAAAAGAACACAUUGAGAAAAGAAAGUAAAUUACUGCUGUAAAUGUUUUACUAUGUACUGCCACUAAAUGAACUGCACUAAUCAUUCAUUUCACUGUUUAUUGUACAAUCUUGAUCACAUUUCACUUUAAUCAAACCAUUCUUUUUUUUUUUUACAAAUAUUGAUGUUUGUCUUUAUAUUUUA